AUGGAGAACAUUUAUUGGGAAGAUAAAGUGCCACGGAAAGUUCUAUGCGGGAUCGAUGCAUGGCGAAGCACAAGCAUUAUGAUUGAGCUCGAUUUACGAGGUGUCGAACAUCCCAGGUCGUUUCCGCUGUCGGAGGUUCCGCCAGACAUGUUGCAAGCCCAAAAGCCCGAAACUGCACAAAUUUUCCUCUGCGCCUCAUCCAAAGACGCAGAGUCAAUAUUUCGAUGUCGCCAGAUCAAAUUUUCCGCGGAAUAUGUUCAUCGAGCAAUACCCUACGAACGCGGCUUCCGGUACAACAACGCACCCAGCGGCAACGGAGAGCUACUUAUGGCAUACGACCCACGAUGCCUUUUUGAUUGGCUUUCCAUUCAGCCUGGCCAUGUUUCCAAGCUACUCUUACCAGAGUACGUUACGAUACAAUCACACACAUGCGCGGAUCAGCUUGUCGUACACAGUCAGGUACAUAUGGCCCGAGGUGCAGAGAAUCGCUACAUGGCUGUUUGGUUCGACUUUCGAGAAGAAUACAGAGUGGAUGGUGAAAUUCGGAUCGGUAAUCUCGAUGCAACUGGUAUCCCAGCCUCAACCUGGCAACGACAAUUUGCCUGUCGGCUCCAGGGGUUACUCAACGAGCCUAUACGCCAUCCCGUGGAUUUUCCUAGUUUCCUGCUACUGGAUCUUCUGAGAGCUGAUAUCACGGUAUUCGAGAAGUUCGUUUCGAGAGACCAAGAACUGUUACCUGUAACCACUCACACCCCUGUCGUCACGGGAUACCUUGAGAAGCGUCUUGAUGGUUUCGAACUCACUCAAUCGAUGAUACGAAAAGCCGAGGGUAUACACAGACUCGUCACCCAUAUGAGUAGCUCACGCGCUCUGGACCUUAUCGCAAAUGAAUGUCGCUCGAGCUAUGAACAAACACUCUAUCACCUUGAAAUAGGAAGUUCGCUUCUCAUCUUAGAUCUCAGAAGACAAGAUGAAUUGGCCGACAAACGCCUAGAGGUACAUAACCGAUUCGCGCAACUACGACAAACUUCAAGUCUAUCAGCUUUGACAUACUGUGCCGCAUUCUUUCUGCCCUUCUCACUCGCUGGCACAUUUCUGAGUAUGCAAAGCCGAGCUAAGGACCUACACUUGAUCGUAUAUGACUUUUGUGGCAUUACCUCGGUUUUCUGCACCCUCGCUGCGCUCAUUUACUUUCUCUCCUGGGCAUGGUCCCGUUGGAAAACGGGUCGUCUUAACCGACGGCUAGAGAACGGCGAGGUUCAACUAUAUCUUGUAGGGAAAUCUCGGUCUCCGAAGAUCUUCUUUGGUGUUGCAUGGAUAUUGAUGGUGGGCUCGUUUCUUGUUGGUAUGCUGUACAAUCUCCGACUCGGUCUAAUCAUGCUUGCCGCACCCACCACUCUCAUUGUGCUCCUCGCACACUGUGCCUUAGCCAUUUACUUCACGAUGGAUUUUUGUGUUAUGGUACAAUUAGCUCAAUCUAUGGGAGUGUCAAAGGCGGAACUGCAGGUCGAAGGAUGCAAUGCUGGCGAGGCAAACAUGGCAUAA